UUUCUCCUCCCGCUGCUGCGCUUCCCUUGCUGCGCUCAGUGCGCAAAGGCUGCCAUCCCGAAAGCAGCACCAGCCCCGACUGCGCGCAUCCAGCUGGAAAGGCCGUCGGACAAAGAGGUGCAUCUUGUGGGUCCCGAGGAGGCAUCAUGGCCAGCAGCAGCAGCAUCAUGAAUGUGUCCGGGGCGGAGGGCGCAGAGAAGACGGUGAUCCACGUCAACAUCACCCAGGAGUCCUCCCUCGGCUCCCUCCUCAAGGCCCUGGCAACCUGGAGGCAGACCCCCAAGCCUCGCCCCAAGGACCCCCAGGGCCCCUCUGCCCCUCCGAAAAAGGCUGGCUGCAAUGCGGAGCAGAAAGUGCUGGGGGGGACACAGAUCCUGCUUGGACUGUUCACCAUCGCCAUCGGGUGUGUCCUGUGCCUUGGACAAGGGGUUGACUAUUGGAUAUUCCGACCACUCUGGAAUGGAGCUCCUUUCUGGUCGGGGGGCGUGCUCUUCGUGGCCGGUGUCCUCUCCGUUGUGGGCGACAGACGUGGCGGCCGCUGGGUCCACCUGGCCACCUUUUCCCACCUGGCCAGCGUUGUCGCCUGCUCCGUGGCCCUGGCAGUCGGUGAGGCAGACUUGCCCCCCCUCAAUUACGAGCCCUACUACUCUGAGAAAUUGUGCAGGAACGCCCAGUACAGGGACCGCUAUUACCAGCCCUGGGAGACAGCUGCCCCCAUCCCUGAGGACACUGACAGGGUCCAGCGGUGUGAGAUGAUGAUCCAGAAUCUCUGGAAAAUUGCUGCUGGACUCAGGAUCCUGCUGUUAGCCCUUUGCAUCGGGGCUCUGGUGAUCGCCGUCUUCUGCCUGGGCAACGGCCUACGCCGGCUCUGUUGCUCCUUCCGGGGCUGCUGUGAGAACUACAGCCCCCUUGAGGACCCUGAAGUGCCCCCUCCGUAUGAGGAGCCGGCCAAGGAGGAGAACGCCGCCUGAGCCGUGGGGCAGAAGGAGCCGAUGCCUGCCUCUUGCCCCUUCCUCUUGCCCCCUUGCUUGCCUGGGUGGGGGGACCUUGUCCUGGUGAGCGAGUGGGGUGCCCUUCUCACCUGGAGCCCCCACCUGGACCCAGGACCUAGCGGCUGAAGCUCUGGCUGUCUCGCAGCUGCCCUUUCUUGCCCUUUCUUUCUCUCUGCAUAUCUGCUCAUUCCAGCCUCUUCCGGAAUUGGGGCUAGAAGUCACCUGCUAGAAAAACACAAAGCAGGGGGAAGCCCGUCCCCCAGUCAAGGGGAGGGGCAGGCGGGCAGAGUCCUCUUCUGGCCUUUCCAGCAGAAAUCCAGAGCCAUUCAUGCCUUCCCUCCAUCCUGGCUGCAGUUGGGCUCUGAGCUGCCACUUCUGACCUUCCCCGGAAAGGGCUUCCCCGCCUGGUCCUUUGCCACUUCUUGAUAUUACUUGUUCAAACUUCUUCUUCUUCCUCAAGCCCCUGGUUUCCAGGGGGUGACAGAUGCUGCCUCUCUGCCUGCCGCUUGAUUUGUAACCAAUAUAUUCUCUAAUAAAAAGAUUUAUCUCUUC